AUGGCGGCUACUGAAGAAGAUUCGAAUAUGAGCUGUAUACUAUGCGUGGAGCCUGAUAAUGAUGAAAUUGUGUGCUGCGAUAAAUGUGAUGGCUGGUAUCAUUUCUCCUGUGUAGGUGUUACAGAAGCAGUUGCAGAUAUAGAAUGGAUAUGUAAAUCUUGUAUUGCUAUGUCAACUUCAUCGGCUGCAGAAUUACAACAAAGUAAAGAGGUUACAAACAAUAAUCUCGUAUCUUCCGUUUUAUACGUGCCGUCUAAUAACAAUAAAGAAAAUACUGCAAGAGUGUCCAAGGAUGAUGUUGGUAGAAGGCUGUCAGUCUCUUCAAAGAACUCCAUGAAAGCAAAACGUUUGUCAGAAGAGAUGAAACUACUAGAAGAAGAAGAACGAUUAUUACUGCAAAAGGAGACAAUUCUGAAUAAAAAGAAAGAGUUGCUGAAACAAAUGGAGAAUGGUAGCGACGACGAGGAGUAUAAUCAACACCAUGACUGGUUGCCUGGAGUCGUUCCUGAGGUAUCUACGAAAAUACACCACAACCCCAUAUCUACCAAACUUACACGUGAACAGAUUGCCUCUAGACAAAGUUUUGCAAGAGACUUGGAAAAAUUUAAUGAUAACCCAGAGGACUGGCCUCUAUUUUUUGCAACGUACCAACAAACAACAGAGAUAUGUGGAUUUAGUGAUAGCGAGAAUUUGUUACGUCUUAGAAAUUCUUUGGAAGGUGAUGCAUUAAAAGCUGUACGGAAUUUGCUAUUUCAUGCUUCCUGCGUACCGCAAAUUAUAGAGACCAUAAGAAUUAAAUUUGGCAGGCCAGAAAUAGUCCUUAACAUUCUUCUGAAACGUGUAAGAGAGUUGUCGCCUAUUAAAGAAAAUAAAUUAGAGUCCCUGGUUGAUUUCGCUUUAGAGGUUCAAAAUGUAAUCGCCACAAUGAAAUCAGCUAAUUUGAAGGACUAUUUAAACAAUCCGGAAAUUGAACAGGAACUGGUUCUUAAUCUUCCCGGAAUUAUUGCAGCCUUUUGGGGAAUGCAUAAGCUCUCUCUAUCUUCGUGUAACCUUGAAAAUUUUGGUUCGUGGCUUUUCCAGUUGGCCCAAGGCGCAAACAGUGUUAUAGUACCAGAACGUUACGGUGGUAAACCCACUAAACGUGGAAACGUUAAUACACAUUUUGAGAAUGAGAACGAGACAAAUUGUAUAGCAUGUGGUAACGCAUGUGACAACCUACCUUCAUGCCAAAGUUUCAAAAACCUUAGUAGGUCGAAGAAAUGGGAAUUAGUACGCACAUACAGGUUGUGUCGAAGAUGCCUAACACCCCAUUAUCUUGCAGAAUGCCAAUCUACUCAGCUAUGCGGUAUAAAUGGUUGUCAAUAUUUACAUCAUCCCCUUCUCCAUAAGAAUACACUAGGGAUUUGUAAUAUUGUUAGAAAACCAGAAAAUGCGGUACUGUUUCGUAUUGUUCCAGUUAUAUUGUAUGGGAACGGUACUCAAAUAAAAACAUAUGCCUUUUUCGAUGAUGGUUCAUCACUUACAUUAAUGGAAGACAGCUUACUUCGAGAUCUAAAUUUGAAGGGAACACCUAGUCCCCUAUGCUUAAAAUGGACAGGUGACACUCAUCGAUAUGAGGAGGACUCUGAAGUGCUUAAUCUAAAAAUAGCGGGCGACCCUUAUAAAAAAGCUCUUGACUUAAACAAUGUACAUACCGUAAAGAGCCUAGAUCUACCAAAGCAAAGCCUUGAUGUUGCCGAACUCAAGAUGCAAUAUAGUUAUUUGAAAGAUAUUCCACUAUCGUCAUAUGUUGAUGAAGAAUCUAAACUUCUAAUUGGUUUGAAUAACAGUUGGUUGGGUGCAAGCAUGAAAAUACGUGAACGAAACGUGUGCGAACCAGUUGCUGAAAAAACUCGUCUCGGAUGGUCAGUGAAGGGUCCAUGUACAUUUAAACUUGAUACUGUCGGACUCAAUGCAUUCCACACUUGUACUGAUGCUAAUGAAUGCGAAGAAUUGCUACGAACCGUAAAGCGAUAUAUUUUGCUUGAUAAUAUGGAUGUAGCCAAAAAUAGCCAAAAUACCUUAUCGGCGGAAGAUGUAAAAGGUUUAAAUUUGUUAAAAAAGAAUACACGAAAGUUGGGUGACCGUUAUGAGACAAGAUUGCUGUGGAAACAACCGAGAAUAGCACCUCCUGAUAGUUUUCCCAUGGCAAAGAGGAGAGCUUUAUGCCUUUCUUCGAAGUUGGCGAAAGAUCCACAGUUGUAUGCAGCUAUGGAAGAGAAAAUUUUAGAGUACCUGUGUAAAGGUUAUGCUGUUCCACUGCCAAACAAGGCCCGGUCAAAAAACAGUUGGUACUUACCAAUUUUUCCUGUCGUUAACCCCAGUAAACCAGCAAAACUACGCAUUGUGUGGGAUGCAGCUGCCAAAGUGAAUGGAGUUUCGCUCAACUCAAUGCUAAUGAAGGGUCCAGACUUUACUUCUCCUUUAGUCGACGUCCUAAGAAGAUUUCGUCAACACCGUUUUGCUAUAAGUGGUGAUAUUAAAGAGAUGUACCAUCAGGUAAAAAUACACAAAAUAGACCAAAACUAUCAGCGUUUUUUAUGGUAUGAAAAAGGAAAAGCGGAGCCCAACGAAUGUGCUCUCACAGUUAUGACCUUUGGAGCAACUUGCUCGCCAAGCGCUGCCCAAUUCGUAAAAAACCUUAACGCAGAAGAAUUUCGUACUACUUACUCUAGGGCGGUGGAAGCUAUCGUUCACAACCACUACGUUGAUGAUCUACUUGACGGCACAGAUACAGAAAAAGAUGUUGUACAAUUGGCAAAAGAUGUCCGUUUCAUACACGCUCAGGGAGGUUUUACCAUUAGAAAUUGGCGAUCGAACUCGAAAAAUGUUUUACAAGCCUUAAACGCAGAACCAGAUGAUUUAAACUUAGAUGUAGAUAAAGCUAUGGGCUAG